GAAACCUCUGUUUUUCUCUAUUCCGACGAUCUCCGUACCGUUGGAUCGCGUAAAAUUAUUACAAAACAAAUAAUUCUCGCACAAUCCAGCAGUCCGCUAUUUCUCGGUACAGAGAAAAGCGAGUUUUUCGGGUACAGAGGAUCUCCCGUGCUCUCUUUCUCUCUCCAAAAAUACAUGCAUCGAUCUCAAUCGACACCAACAGAAACCAGAACCCAACCAUGGAGUACCGUCCGCUGGAAAUCACGGUCAUGUCCGCCGACGACCUGAGAAACGUGAACCUCAUAACCAAAAUGGACGUCUACGUCGUGGUUUCCAUCCCCACCGCCAAGCGCCAGAGGACCCACGUCGACAAGCGCGGCGGGAGGUCUCCCAGCUGGAACCAUCGCCUCACCUUCUCCGUCGCUGAGUCCGUUCUCUCUCCUGAUCACCACCCCACCAACCUCACCUUCAAGAUCAAGUCCCAGCGCCUCCUCGGCGACCGGGAGGUCGGCGAGGUCGUCGUCCCCGUCAAACAGCUCCUCCACGAUACCACGUCGUCCUCGGCCCCCGGCGGCGGUGAUUGCCCUUCCGAUCGCAUUGUUGAUUAUCAGGUCCGAUCGACUUCUGGAAAGCCCAAAGGUACGUUCAAAUUCUCCUACAAAUUCGGAGAAAAGAUCACAGCGCAGACCGUGACCAAAAAUCCAAACAAGGUCGACAUGCCUGUCACGGCCUACCCGCCGCCACCGGGAAUUGGGUACGUCAUCAUGCCACCACCUCCUACGGCACCACAUUACGGGAACCCGGCCGGGUAUCCUCCUCAACAGCCAGGGUACGGAUACCCACCGCCUCCGCCGGGGUACGGAGGCGGGUACCUUCCAGCGCCCGCAUACGGGUACCCGCCUCAGCCACAGGCGGUGUACGGUUCGUACGGAUACGGGGCGCCGGAGGGGCAGCAGGGGAAGAAGAAGAUGGGUGGUGGGAAAAUGGGGAUGGGGAUGGGGCUGGGAGCAGGGUUGCUGGGAGGGAUGUUGCUGGGUGAUAUGAUGUCUGAUGCGGGAGAAAUGGUGGCUUAUGAUGCCGGGUUUGAUUCUGCGUUUUGAGUUUUUAGAAGUACUGAUUCGAGUGGUACGGAGCACCACGAUCGACUUGGAUUACUGAAUAAUUAACUUCUAAUUAUCUUGGUGAAUGUGUUCAUAUUGGGUGUAAGGGAUUUGAUUGGUUAUUAAUGC